UAAACACACUUCCGGGUUUGGCGGGACUUUCCGUGCGGGGAUUCCCCCUUACUAAUGCCACUCUCCUGGGCGUCUGCGGGGAGAACGGACGUACUGUACACUGGAGGUUGUCAUCACAGUUUUUCACACCCGUGAGUCUGUGGAAGUGUCUAGAACAAUGCAGGAAGCGCACAGAGAGAUUCUAAGGAAGAACAGGACUUUCCUGGUGCGGGAACUGGAGCCCAAACUGCUGUACGACUACCUGGUGGAACAUGGCAUCUAUAAUGACGUCAUGUUGGAGGACAUACGGGCAGAGAGGACCAGGUUUGACCAGAGUACCAAACUGCUGACCAGUCUGACCAGAAGGGGUCGAGAUGCCUUCAGAGUCUUCUGCCAGGCACUUGAUGACUCAGGGCAGUAUGACAUCGCAGAUCGUCUUCUCAGCAGAAGUCAGGAAGAACGAGCAGAGAUAGAAGCAAGAAAGAGGGAAGAGAAGAGACAGAUGACACGGGGGUAUACUGCAACUGUCUCUGCUACAGCUGUUCACACGUCCAGAUCAGGUGCGGUUCAGCCCUCAGGCGGCCAUGAGGACACACCCUGGCCUGCAGCUGGUGAUGAUGGUAUCUAUGAUGUGAAGAGAUUACUGAACAGAUGUACAACAUUGCCUUCCUCCAAUCCAAGGGUCUACUCCAUGACAAGGAAGCCCAGGGGUCAUGUAUUCAUCCUCAACAACAAGUACUUCGCAGGCUUGCCUCUCAGGGAAGGCACAAACAAGGAUGCUGAAAAUGUGAAAAAACUCUUUCAGGAGUUAUCUUUCACAACAGAGACACACCAAAACUUAAACACUGCAGGGAUUCAUGAAAAGUUGAGGAAUUUUGCCCAGAAGAAUCACGAGGACAGUGACUGCUGUGUGGUGGUCCUGCUGAGCCAUGGAGGACAGGGUGGCAUCUUCGGUACAGACAGCGGCAUCAUCAGCUUCCAGGACAUCCUGCAGAAGUUUAAUGGAGAAAAUUGUCCUGACCUUAUUGGGAAACCCAAACUCUUCUUUGUUCAAGCCUGUCGGGGAGAUGACAGAGACUCAGGUGUGACUUCUUCUGACAGUAACAUUCCUGGUUCCACACCAUCAGACCAGUCCACCCCUGAUGCCACUGUUGCUUCACCACAACAAGUAUUUGCUCCUAAUGUACCAAGUAUUGCAGACACCUUUCUGGCAUAUGGGACACUUCCUGGGUUUGUCUCCUGGAGGAAUUCAGACAAAGGCAGCUGGUUCAUCUGUGCCCUGAUGGAAGUGUUCCUGAAGUAUGCAGCCACAAUGGACAUCAAUCAGCUGAUGACAGAGGUGAACUACCACGUGAGCCAAAAGAUAGGCACCUCCACAUCCUACCGGCAGCUGCCAGCACCUGUCAAUAUGCUGACUAAGAAUCUGUACUUCAACCCUGGCGUCAGCCUGCCUUCCUUAUCAGAUACAACAGAUAGAGAUGAACCCUGCAUCAGGCAGGAGUCAACAGCAGCACGGAGUGUGCUCUCACAUGAUCAAACUGUGUUAAAAAGCACACGGGGUGUACAGCCUACAGACUGAUGAUAUCAACAAUGAAAUAGAGUACUGCACUAGUACUGGCAUAACACCAUAUUGUCACCACUUGCAAUAUACGUGUACAUAUUGAACUGUGAAGUAAAUUUUUUAGAAAUUGUUUCUGCUAAAGAAUUGAUCUUGGAGAAGAAUGUUCAGCACUGUUUUCAGUGUUAUAAGCUGCUGUAGUAUGUUAAUUGUAUAUUUUUGGAAUCAAUAUUUUUGGAAUGUAGUUUUUGUGUAUGAAGAUAUCAUGAAAGUUCAUCUAAAUCUGUGGCUAAACUUUACUUCAACACAUUUAAUUUUUUUCUGAACUACAGUAGUUAGGAUCCUCAGGAUUAUAAUGAUUGAAUUUGUAUUAAUGUGUCCUGGGCUUUAUGUGUCCAGCAUGUGUACAAUCAUGUGGGCUUAUAAGUCAAUAGUUUUAGGCCACACCAAUUUAAUAUGUUGGCUCUUGGAUUCUCCUCUAAAUUUUUUUGAUUUGCAAAAAAAAAAAAAAAUCUGUUUCUGAAUCAACUAAAAAUGCUGAUAUUUAGCCCCCAACAGUAGAUGAAAGUCCUUUUCUUCCUAGCUGUUACAGUUUUUCCAUCUAUCAAUGCUGUUCAUUGCUUAGAUAUUAACCCAGCCUUUCG